GGUCUGGCGCUUGCGCAGUGGGGGUCUACAGCUGGACCGUGGAGGGGCGAGUUUGCCGGUGGUUUGGAGCCCCGCGGGCACUCCGGCGACCAACAUGGCACAGAUUCUGCCUAUCCGCUUCCAGGAGCACCUGCAGCUCCAGAACCAAGGAGUGAAUCCUGCUAACAUUGGGUUCAGCACCCUGACCAUGGAAUCAGACAAGUUCAUCUGCAUCAGGGAGAAGGUGGGAGACCAGGCACAAGUAGUUGUCAUUGAUCUGAAUGACCCAACAAAUCCAAUCCGGCGUCCCAUAUCUGCAGACAGUGUCAUCAUGAAUCCAGCCAGCAAAGUGAUUGCUCUGAAAGCUGGGAAAACGCUUCAGAUAUUUAACAUAGAAAUGAAGAGCAAAGUGAAAGCCCACACCAUGGUUGAAGAAGUAACCUUCUGGAAGUGGGUCUCUUUGAACACUGUUGCCCUGGUAACUGAGACUGCAGUGUUCCAUUGGAGCAUGGAAGGUGACUCCCACCCACAGAAAAUGUUCGACAGACACGCCAGCUUGGCGGGUUGUCAAAUUAUUAACUACCGGACAGACCUUCAACAGAAGUGGCUGCUUCUAAUCGGAAUCUCAGCACAGCAAAACCGAGUAGUAGGUGCAAUGCAGUUGUACUCUGUGGACCGAAAGGUAUCACAGCCAAUUGAGGGCCAUGCUGCGGCUUUCGCUGACUUCAAACUGGAAGAGAAUCGUACACCGUCCACACUCUUCUGCUUUGCAGUUCGCAGUCAGGCUGGAGGGAAGUUGCAUAUAAUUGAAGUAGGCCAGCCUCCUUCUGGAAAUCAGCCGUUCACGAAGAGAGCAGUCGAUGUGUUCUUCCCUCCUGAAGCUCAGACUGACUUCCCCGUGGCAAUGCAGAUCGGAGCCAAAUAUGGUGUUAUAUACCUGAUUACAAAAUAUGGCUACAUUCACUUGUAUGACCUGGAGUCUGGCGCUUGUAUCUACAUGAACCGCAUUAGUGCUGAGACCAUCUUUGUGACUGCUCCCCAUGAGCCUACUUCUGGCAUAAUUGGAGUCAAUAAAAAAGGACAGGUUCUUUCUGUGUGUGUGGAGGAAGAAAACAUUGUUAAUUAUACCACGAAUGUGCUCCAAAACCCUGACCUAGCUUUGCGUAUGGCUGUGAGAAGCAAUCUCGCCGGUGCCGAGGAGCUCUUUGCUCGGAAGUUUAAUAACUUGUUUGCACAAGGGAAUUAUGCUGAAGCUGCUAAAGUGGCUGCGUCUGCACCAAAGGGUAUCCUGCGGACUCCAGACACUAUUCGGAAGUUCCAGACUGUCCCAGCCCAGCCAGGACAAGCUUCCCCUCUCCUCCAGUAUUUUGGAAUCCUUCUUGAUCAGGGACAGUUAAACAAAUACGAAUCACUGGAGCUUUGCCGACCUGUCUUGCAGCAAGGGCGCAAGCAACUGCUUGAGAAGUGGCUAAAGGAAGACAAGCUUGAGUGUUCAGAGGAGCUUGGGGACUUGGUGAAGACAGCAGAUCCCACACUUGCUUUAAGCGUCUAUCUGCGAGCCAGUGUGCCAAAUAAAGUCAUCCAAUGUUUUGCGGAGACUGGACAAUUUCAGAAAAUUGUACUUUAUGCAAAAAAGGUUGGUUACACUCCAGACUGGGUCUUCCUGCUGAGAAAUGUAAUGCGGGUGAGCCCAGACCAGGGACUUCAGUUUGCACAGAUGCUUGUCCAGGAUGAAGAACCUUUGGCUAAUAUCAAUCAGAUUGUGGAUGUUUUUAUGGAGAAUAACCUGAUCCAACAGUGUACUUCAUUCCUUUUGGAUGCUCUGAAGAACAAUAGACCACCUGAAGGUCACUUGCAGACUCGCCUACUUGAAAUGAACCUGAUUCAUGCACCACAGGUUGCUGAUGCAAUUCUCGGAAAUCAAAUGUUCACCCACUAUGAUCGGGCCCAUAUUGCCCAACUGUGUGAGAAGGCGGGCUUGCUGCAGAGAGCCUUGGAGCAUUAUACAGAUCUAUAUGAUAUUAAACGAGCCGUUGUCCACACUCAUCUGCUAAACCCUGAGUGGCUUGUGAACUACUUUGGUGCACUGUCAGUAGAAGAUUCUCUUGAGUGCUUGCGUGCCAUGUUGUCGGCAAACAUCCGCCAGAAUCUACAGCUCUGCGUGCAAGUCGCAUCAAAGUACCACGAGCAGCUUGGCACACAGUCACUGGUAGAGCUCUUUGAAUCCUUUAAAAGUUAUGAAGGAUUAUUUUACUUCCUUGGAUCCAUUGUGAAUUUCAGCCAAGAACCAGAUGUCCAUUUUAAGUACAUUCAGGCGGCCUGCAAAACUGGGCAGAUCAAGGAAGUUGAACGUAUAUGUCGUGAGAGCAACUGUUAUGAUUCAGAACGUGUGAAAAACUUCCUGAAGGAAGCCAAGUUAACCGAUCAGCUUCCGCUGAUCAUUGUCUGUGACCGAUUUGACUUUGUGCACGACCUUGUUCUGUACUUGUAUCGCAACAACCUGCAGAAAUAUAUUGAGAUUUAUGUUCAGAAGGUGAAUCCAAGCAGGCUUCCAGUGGUGAUAGGCGGACUACUCGACGUUGAUUGCUCUGAAGAAGUUAUAAAAAAUCUCAUCACUGUUGUACGUGGUCAGUUUUCAACUGAUGAACUUGUGGGUGAAGUGGAGAAAAGGAACAGAUUAAAAUUGCUGCUCCCCUGGCUGGAAGCUAGAAUCCAUGAAGGUUGUGAGGAACCAGCAACCCAUAAUGCGUUGGCUAAAAUUUACAUUGAUAGCAAUAACAACCCCGAGCGUUUCCUGCGUGAAAAUCCUUAUUAUGACAGUUCUGUCGUUGGAAAAUAUUGUGAGAAGAGAGAUCCACACUUAGCCUGUGUUGCUUAUGAAAGAGGCCAGUGUGACCUGGAUUUGAUCAAGGUUUGCAAUGAGAAUUCCUUGUUUAAGAGUGAGGCUCGGUACCUUGUGCGUAGAAAAGACCCUGAACUUUGGGCCAGUGUCCUUGAAGAAAAUAAUCCUUUUAGACGCCAGCUGAUUGACCAGGUUGUACAAACGGCCCUCUCUGAAACCCAGGACCCAGAGGAAGUAUCUGUUACUGUGAAGGCUUUUAUGACUGCUGACCUUCCCAAUGAGCUGAUUGAACUGCUGGAGAAGAUAGUCUUGGAUAACAAUGUCUUUAGUGAACACAGGAAUCUACAGAACCUACUGAUCCUUACUGCCAUUAAAGCUGACCGCACCCGUGUCAUGGAGUACAUUAAUCGUCUGGAUAACUACGAUGCUCCCGACAUUGCCAACAUUGCCAUCAGCAAUGAACUUUUCGAAGAGGCUUUUGCAAUCUUUCGAAAGUUUGAUGUGAACACUUCAGCAGUACAGGUUCUGAUUGAGCACAUUGGGAAUCUUGAUCGUGCGUAUGAGUUUGCAGAACGUUGCAAUGAGCCAGCUGUCUGGAGUCAGUUGGCAAGAGCACAGCUGCAGAAGGACCUGGUUAAAGAAGCCAUCGAUUCCUACAUCAAGGCUGAUGACCCAUCUGCCUACAUGGAGGUUGUGAAAGCCGCCAACAAGAACAAUAACUGGGAAGACCUGGUGAAGUUUCUGCAAAUGGCCAGAAAGAAAGCCAAGGAGUCAUACGUGGAGACUGAGCUGAUAUUUGCUCUGGCAAAGACUAACCGCCUGUCAGAGUUAGAGGAGUUUGUUAAUGGACCUAACAAUGCCCAUAUUCAACAGGUUGGUGACCGCUGCUAUGACGAUGGCAUGUAUGAUGCAGCCAAGUUACUUUACAAUAAUGUUUCCAACUUCGCUCGCUUGGCUUCUACCUUGGUGCAUUUGGGAGAGUACCAGGCUGCAGUGGACAGUGCUCGAAAAGCCAACAGCACCAGGACGUGGAAGGAGGUUUGCUUUGCCUGCGUGGAUGGGCAGGAAUUCCGCCUGGCCCAGAUAUGUGGUCUGCACAUCGUUAUCCAUGCAGAUGAGCUCGAGGAGUUGAUCAGUUACUACCAGGAUCGGGGAUACUUUGAAGAACUAAUUGCCCUCUUGGAAGCAGCAUUGGGCUUGGAACGAGCUCAUAUGGGGAUGUUUACCGAGCUGGCAAUCCUAUACUCCAAAUUUAAGCCUCAAAAGAUGCGAGAACAUUUGGAACUCUUCUGGUCCAGAGUUAAUAUUCCAAAGGUUCUGCGAGCUGCUGAGCAGGCCCAUCUGUGGGCUGAGCUGGUCUUCCUGUAUGAUAAAUACGAAGAGUAUGACAAUGCUGUCAUCACCAUGAUGAAUCACCCCACAGAUGCCUGGAAGGAAGGACAGUACAAAGAUAUUAUAGCAAAGGUUGCCAAUGUGGAGUUGUAUUAUAAGGCCCUACAGUUCUAUUUGGACUUCAAGCCACUGUUAAUCAAUGAUCUCCUGAUGGUAUUGUCACCACGCUUGGACCAUACCAGGGCAGUCACCUUUUUCAGCAAGGUGGGCCAGUUGCCGCUGAUUAAGCCAUACUUAAGAUCAGUUCAGAAUCACAAUAAUAAGUCAGUGAAUGAAGCGCUGAAUAACCUGCUUACCGAAGAGGAGGAUUACCAGGGUUUGCGUACAUCCAUUGAUGCAUACGAUAACUUUGACAACAUCAGCCUUGCUCAGCGCCUAGAAAAGCAUGAGCUAAUUGAAUUUAGGCGCAUCGCUGCUUAUCUCUACAAAGGUAACAAUCGCUGGAAGCAGAGUGUGGAGCUGUGUAAAAAGGACCGUCUAUACAAGGAUGCAAUGCAAUAUGCAGCAGAGUCCAAGGACACAGAGCUCUCCGAGAAGCUGUUACAGUGGUUUCUGGAAGAGGGCAAACAAGAAUGCUUUGCCUCUUGUCUGUUCACAUGCUAUGAUCUGUUACGGCCAGACGUGGUUCUUGAGCUCUCAUGGAGGCAUAACAUUAUGGACUUUGCGAUGCCAUACUUUAUUCAAGUUAUGAGAGAAUACCUCAGCAAAGUUGAUGAAAUAAUGGAAAAGGUGGACAAACUUGAUGCUUUAGAUAGCUUAAGGAAAGAUGAAGAGCAAGUAACUGAACCAGCUCCACUAGUAUUUGGUCAGCAGUUAAUGUUGACAGCCGGCCCCACUCCAGUACCCCCUCAGCCUGCCUACGCCUAUGGUUACCCGACUGGCUACAGCCAGCCCGCUUACGGCUUCAACAUGUAGACGACUGCGCCAGCUUCGCCGCUGCUACCCCGAAUCCAUGAAAAGCAUACUACAACCUCAUUAAGAGCACAGGCACCCAGCUGAAACAGCACCUCAACUGCACGAGGAUUUACAAAACGGACUGCUAUUACUGUUAUUUAUUACAUUGUUAAAUUUCAACUUUAAAGUGUAGCUUUUUUUAAAAUUAGUAAAUACAAUCUGAGAGGCACUGAUUAGAAAUUAAAGCGAGUAUUAGCUAGUUAAUGGAAUCUGGUAAUAACAGCAUCCUGUAAGUCAUCUUUCCAGUUUGACACUGGUUUAGUGCAAUGUGAACUGUAUUCUUUAUACAGUUCACCCUCAAGGUACUGAGGAGAAGACAUUACAGAAGGCAGCAUUUCUUCCCUGGAUUUUAAGCUUGAGGAAUCAUUUUUUAUUGCCAGUAUCUGCAUGUUGCCAAGUAUUUAAUAUUUUGCUGAAAGUGAAUGCAAAAUAAUUUUUUCUUUUGCAUUCUUUAGCACUGAAUAUUGCGUUUGGCCUGGAGGGUUCCGACUUGGACAGAUGGAGCACUGUUCCAUAUCAGUUUGGGUCUUCCAUGCCAAAAAAGCUGUGUGCCACUCAUUGUUUAACUGAGGGAAACCCCCACUAUGCCUGAUGUGGAACAAAGCCUUGUUGCUAAUCAUGAGUAUCACUGGAUAAGUUGAAUGACAACAAUGUUUAGUUGAAGCCUCGAUUCUGUUGGAUUCCCAAAUUCAGAAGGAGGCCCAUCUCUUGUCUUUAUUGAACAAGUAUUUUGGGGAGCGUGCCACAGCGAUGUUAACAAUCUACUUCACCCCAGAAUGUAAUGCUAGUCAGGAUGGUAAGAUGCCUUUACCAUGGGGGAAACUGCUGUUAACGUAAGCUUCGAUAUCAAAGGCAUUGUGAAUAUUACUUUGCAUAACUGUACAAAUUUAUUGGUUGGCAAGUUUAAAAAUGUGUAUUUGACUCUUCCUGCUGCCUCAUGACAUGCCACCAGAGGGAAAAAUAAAAGUUUACACAUGUA